GGUGAGACUACAAUCUCGGUCUGAUCAGCAACCUCUCCCACCGUGGCUUUGGAAAUGAGUCCUCAACAAUGCUCACCUCUUCUUUCGAUGCUCGAGUGACGGGCUAUGUUUGCACAGCGGUCGCCAUCACUAUUCUAAUCGUCCGAAUCGUCACUUCGAGGUUAAAACUAGGAUACUUCGACGUCAGUGUCUGGGUUUGUGUACUCGCCAUCUUGGUUGCUAGCAGUCGGAUUGUGGUCAAUCAAUAUGUCUUGACCUAUGGGACCUCAAAUGAUGCCAUAUAUGGCAACACAAAAUACUUUGACGAGGAAGAUCUAGCCAGAUUGAAGAUUGGGAGUAUUCUGGCCUUGAUUGCCAGGUUACUCAUCACCACUUUUUAUUGGUUGCAAAACUGCCUGUUGCUACUCUUCUACUCGCAACUCUUCCAGAUUCGGUCACGCCUGACCACCGCUUUGAUCCGCUCAUGUUGGGCUGCCCUGGCGUUGUCAUAUAUCGCCGUCGUCCUUAGCACCUUUCUGGAAUGUCGCCCUUUCAGACUGUACUGGCAGGUCGACCCAGCCCCCGGAACCUGUAUUCGGGCCUACAUCCAACUCGUCGUUCAGGCCAGCACAAACAUUGUUCUGGAUCUCCACCUCCUCGCCAUAUCAUUCCCACUCAUCAUCGUCCAACACCGAACACUUUCUGAAAGGCUCCGCGUGUGGACUUUGUUUGUUCUCGGCUUCUUCUGCAUCAUCAUCACCUGUAUACGCCUCGCCUAUAUCUACGCCGAAUCCUCUUACCAGCCAGUCCGAAGUCUAUGGGCAUCGAUCCAACUCCUGGUCUCUUGCUUCGUCGCCAAUGCUCCCACCAUCUACGGCUCUAUCAAGCUCAUCAAACGACGCAAGUCAGAGCAGACGGCGCGCCGAGGGAGCAGGCCUGAGAUCUGGCUGCACUUGCACGUUUCCAACGAGAACGCCGCCGCUGCAGAUGUCCCCGUCGUCACUCGUCAAAUCUCCCAUUCUCCAACAUCGUGCGAAAAGGCCUGGUCUCGCUGGGUGCCAUGACUACAUCAGACUGAAAUGCACCAUUACACACAAAAUUAGCACGAGAGGUGACGAAAACGACUUCAGCCAAUGGAAAUCAUCUUGGCUUUGCGACAUCAGUUGUCGUAUUUGAUGCACAGUCGACCAAGGUCACGAUUCACUCCAAAAGCCUCUUUCCAGCAGAUUCGACAAACAAGAAAAAGGGAACAGACUAUGAUGAGUGAAACUCACACAUCAGCAUCAACUCAGCAGCUACAUUCUCUGCUCAAGACGAUGGAAUGUUCUGAUUAACCUGCAAGCAUUGUCGGGACGCCAGAGCCUCCCGCAACGAUACGACGUUGACGGAAUUAUGCUACUCACGUGGGUUUACAGCGUUGGGUGUUGGGGAAAUGAGAGCAAGUGAUGGGAACACGGACGCUUCUGCGUGGGGUUUAUGGGCUUGUCGGCGCCAGGUUAGGCCAAAUACCCAUGGAUUGAGACGUAGCAGUCAUAGAACUUGUG